AGCACACAAACACUCAAACUCCAUCCACUUAAUGGAAUCUGUAAGCGUCAACCCCACGAGCCAGAGUAGAAACAGCUAAUUAUCGAUCCCUUAAGGACAAGAAACCCAGUGGUAUUUAUUUAUAUGUGUUCGUGUGUGUGUGAGUUGUAAGCUCUUGUACUCAAAUUAAUCUCUAAACAGAGAGAGAGAGAGAGAGAGAGAGAGAGAGAGUGGAGGAGCUGAGGAGGGCUGCAAAAGCUGCGUACGAGAACUUCUUAGAGGAAGACAAGAGAGAGAUGGAGAGAGAGUUCGAGGCAAUGGACAGAGAUGGAGAUGGCAAUGUGAGCCUUCAAGAGUUCAAGGCACUCUCCGACCAACACACUCUCAGAUUCUUCACACUCCUCGAUCAAAACAAGGAUGGCUUCCUGCAGUUUGACGAGCUUUUGACUCUGAGCUACAUCGAAGCAAGUGGCAGACCUUUCUGUGCUGCCUGUAAAGAUUUUAUCCCUGGCCUCUUCUUCACUUGUACGCACUGUCGUUUGACGAUCCACAACAAAAAUGAUGAUGAUGCUCCUACCAGCUACGAUCUUUGUAUUACCUGCUACCAUGCCCGAAAGUUUCAGCACCCUCACGAUGAUUUUGACGACAAUUAUACGCUUUUACUCAAGCUUCAACGCUUGCUUUUAUCUGAUCAAAAGGGAAAGCCGUCUCAAUCCAGUCAAUCCAGUCCAAGUCGUCCACCAAAGGCAGAGCCUUCCCAAUCCCGUCGAGCGAGAAUGAAGGCGACAAUGAAGAGGAGAUUUCGGAGAUUUGGGGAAGUGGUUUCUGGUGCAGUUGGUGUAGCAGGUGUGGGCUUAUCAAUUUAUGGAAUGGCUAAUGAGUUCAACAAUGAUGACCAAGAGCAAGAGGAUGGUGCUACUGCAUCUGCUGCUGAUCAUCAACAUGCAUGAUAUACAAGUUACUGACUAUUACUAAAUAAAAUUAUCAUGAUGAAAUAAUAUCUGCUUGAGAGUUUCUAGAUAAUUUGUUUACUCCGUUUAUCUCUUUUGUCUUUUGAAUUAUUUUAUAUAAAGUCAAAUAUUUAAGUGAUUCUAAAUUAUA